AUGACACUCCAAGUCGAGGACUACAACCUCGAUCACUCACCCACGCUACACACCGGUGGAACGCUGCAAGGCUCGGGCGUGCACGUGAUCGGCUCGAGCGUGGCCCCACUUGCCUCGGGACCGGCUUCACGUCACUUUGUCGCUUCCCUGUCACAACCCCUCUCGGCUCAGAUCGCCCGAGACGGGGCUCAGGACCGUAUCGCCAUCAAAGUGGUGAGCCGCCUCGAGGCGCACAAGCGGAGACCACACCACAUUGGCAGCGAGAUCAGCGCACUCGCUUCGUCCCCGCCGCACGCCAAUGUAGGCCAUCGCAACUCAUUACGGUCUGCUCGAGUCAUCUCUGAACACCUUGAGAGUUUAUAUACGCAGGUGCUCACGCUGUUGAAUGCCUACGCGUCCUCGACCCACUACUCGAUCCUGACCCCUUUCUACCCUUACACCUUACGCGCCUUGCUCGACAAUUCUUCGUUCGUACCCUCCUCACCCUCGUUCCUUCCCCUCGUCCUCGCUCUCUCCCACCAACUCGUCCAAGCGCUCGACCAUCUCCACCACACCCUCAAUCUAGCCCAUCGCGAUCUCAACCCAUCCAACAUCGCCAUCGCCUCCAACGGCCGUCUCAAACUGAUCGACUUUGGGUGCUGCAUACCCACCGCCUGCCCUUCCUCCGCGUCCGAUCCUCCCGUUGUCGAUGGUCCCAAAGGCCUAGAACACGAUUUCGGUACUCUCCCCUAUCGAGCACCCGAGUUGAUCUUUGGCUCCAACGCUUACGAUCCGAAAGGAUUGGAUCGCUGGAUGUUGGGCUGCACCUUGGCUGAAUUCUGGACGCCGUUCCAAGACCCAACUCGGGAACCCGACUCUGACGACUCGGAUUCUGAUUCUGACCCGGACGCCCAAGAUGGAUACUGGUCCUCACCCCCCUCACCCCAUUCCUCUCGACCUUCACAAAAUCCCGCACCUCGACCACCGAACCGUCAAAGACUCUUUACCCUCCCCUCGCGAAACCCCACCGAUUUCUCCCUCCUUGCUUCCAUCUUUUCCACCUUGGGAACGCCGACUUUACAAACUUGGCCGGAAGCGAGGGCUUUGCCGAAUUUCGGUUAUUUCGUCUUUCAGUCGCAUCCGGUCGAUUUGGAGUGGGUGAGCAAGAGGUGUACUUUCCUUGCGGAGCUGGGGGAGGAGCGGCGAAAUCGGUUAGAAGGGUUGGAGAAGAUGCUCGCUGGAUUGGUUAGGAUCUCGGAGGGUGAGCGAUGGGGCGUUGAGAGGUGUUUGAAAGAAGGUGGAUGGGAUACGGUGGAGACGGAAGGUCUGAUUGUACGAGGCGAAUUGGGGAGGUGGUUAGAGGAGUAUUGGCAGUAA